AUGGCAUUCCAUGGAGACUCAGUCCGGUCACUGCAGCUAUCAGAUCUUGGGGUAGAAGAUAUGCCGCUUCCAGCUAUAGCGCCAGGUGUUACUGUCAAGAUCCUCACUGUGAUCCACGAUAAUGCCAAACAUAACAAAGAAGGCCAACCAGAAACUCAUGCAGCCUUGCGACACCUCUAUCCAGAGAUGUGUUGCAUUGGUAGUUUGGCAUUUUAUUUCUUUGAUUUCGACGACCCUGAUGCCGGUGAACUUGGGAGGCGCAAGUGGUGGCAGUACCUAGUUUCUUUUGGCAAUAAAGGCCCUGACACACAGAUGUCAUAUGAUAGCCAGUGUCUCCGUACAAAUGUGUUGUAUGCUAUGAAUGACAUUCAUGUAUCUUCGGUGACACAUGGUGGUCAACACUAUGUUCCGAAAACAGCUGGUGACAAUCGUGCUUCUUUGGAAGGGCAUAAGGCAUUGGGAAAAUGGAAAGAGGGACGUGGUGCAUUUGAGAAUGCAUAUGACCAUCAGCAUCCUCUGGAUGGCAUGUUAGGAGUGGCUAUGUUUGAUGCGCAGCGUCCAGAUAGUUAUACCUGUGCUAGGAACUGCCUCCAGCCUCCACCAACCCUUCUGGUGUCACUUUUUCCCUGGGUCGAAGAGGAGCAGCAGGCUCUUGCAGAGCGUCAUUGA